AAUGAGUUUAUUCUCAACAUUUUAUUUAGACUUUUUUCUCGAAAUUUAACAACUUUAAUCUCAAGAUGGUUUUAUUUUUUUAUUAUUGCUUGGCCCUAAUCCUCUUCCGUACACUUGGGCUCGGGUCAAGGCAACUAAAACGUGCCUAUUGUGAGUAAAGUUCAUCUUCAAGACCAGCAGUUUCAACUGUGAGAUUCAGAUCAACUCAAAGAUGGACAAUACCUAAAAGUUUUAUUCAUUUUGCUUAAUGAUAUAAUUUAUAUUAUGCAUUAUUAGGAGUUUCAUUUUAUGUUCAAUUAUCUUAUAAUAUGUAUCAUUUGUAGUUUAUUUACACUUUUAUGAAGGAAAGUAGAAGGUUUUUACAGGUUCAGACUGUUCUUGUAGAAGAGGCUGAUUUAUUUUAACUUGAUCUUCAUUGUUUUUAAUAUCCCACUAACUGUGUAUUUAGAAAAUGCAGAUGUAAGAUAUACUGUCAUGUAGUUUUAUUCCUUCACUUUUAUUCUUUUGAGAUGCUUUGCUAUCUUGAUAAUUAAUAAAGAAAGAGAGAUGUCAUUUGUUUCUACUUGUAUUAAAUUUACUGUCUGCUGAAUCUUCUUGCAUCAAGAAUAAAUAAUUUUAGUUACAUCUAAAAGCAUGAAAUACCUUUUGAUGUGUUUUUUUAAAUAGAUUUUUGCUAUUUUAAACAGUAUUUGGUGCAUUUUUAUCUACUGUUGGAUAAUCUCAUCUUGCGUAGAUAACAUCAUCGAGUUUCAUUUGAUAAAUAAAAGUAAUAUUAGUAUGUUAAUACAUUUGAAGGACAAGAAUGUGGACUUUGUUAUAAAUUGUCUAUUGAUUAUAUUCAAAUAUUUUAUUCACAAAUAUAGUGUUAAGAACUGGAUCCAAUAUUCAGAGGAAUAAUCUCUGUAUUGAUGCUUUAAAAAUUGAGAAAACUUGCAAUGCCAGGAAACUAUUUGACCUGUUUAAACAGUAUGAAUUUGUUUAACAAAUUUGUUAUGUAUUCUUUUCUUUUUUUUCUUUCUUUUAAUCAUAUCUAGUUUGUUGUUUCGUGUUAGUGCAUGGCAGUGUUGUCAUUUAUUUCUGUCUUUUAAAGUUAUUCGUUUUCACAUAUGUUGGCCUGUAAUGUAUAAUAAUAAAUAGAAAAAAGUCUAUAAAAAAGUCUAUAAGGAAAAAAAAGUCUAGCCUAUAUCUGCGACACACCCGAUUUCGAUGACGUCAUCACUAGCGUGCGCGCUCCCUGAGUUCAGGCUGCAUCGUCUUCUGAGACUUAAGCAAACGAAACGAUCAGUUUUUGUGACAUACAAGAUAAGAUCUGCUCCUCCUCCUUCAGUGAAGCUCCUCCCACUGCAAUUCACCAAUAAAUGCUGGAAUAUUCCCAUCAGUCUACAAGUGAAGACGAGCAUCAAACCAUCAGGAAGAGCUGAAAUCUGCAAAGACAGAGUUUAUUGAAGGACAGUGAGAAGAUGAGAGAUCCAGAACACUGCAGAAUGAAACACACUGAAGAACAAAGAGACUUGAUUAAAGAAAAUGAGGAGAAUGAAGUGCUUUGUGAAGACAAGGAGAAACAUCAUGUCAAAACUGCAGGAGAAACUUUGAGUCGCUCUCAAACUGAAAAGAAAUUUCCAAAGGAAAGAAGAUCCCAGAAAUCUUUCACCUGCGCUGGAAAGAGUUUGACAUGCAAAUGUAAUCUUGAUGUUCACAUGAGAGUUCAUUCUGGAGAGAAACCGUUCACAUGUGAUCAGUGUGGCAAAACUUUUCUGAGGGCUUCAGGCUUGAAGAUUCACCAGACAGUUCAUUUACAGGAGAAACCACGUUCAUGUUCUUUGUGUGGAAAGAGUUUUUCACAUCUGCAAAGUUUAAAAGAUCAUCAGAAAAUACAUAGUGGUGUAAGAGCUCAUAUGUGCUUUGAGUGUGGGAAGAGUUUUAUUAGAGCUAAAGAACUGAAACGGCAUCAGAGGAUCCACACUGGAGAGAAACCUUACAACUGUUCACACUGCGACAAGAGAUUCAAUAAUUCAGGAAACCUGAAAACACAUGAGAGGAUUCACACUGGAGAGAAACCUUAUAUGUGUUCACACUGUGACAAGAGAUUCACUCAUUCAGGAACCCUGAAAAAACACGAGAGGAUCCACACUGAAGAGAAACCUUACAAGUGUUCACACUGCGACAAGAGAUUCAGUCUGUCAGCACAUUUCAAGAAACAUGAGAUGAUUCACACUGGAGGGAAAGCUUACAAGUGUUCACACUGCAACAUGAGAUUCACUCAUUCAGGAAACCUGAAAACACAUGAGAGGAUCCACACUGGAGAGAAACCUUACAAGUGUUCACACUGCGACCAGAAAUUCAAGCAAUUAGCACAUCUGAAAAACCAUGAGAGGAUCCACACUGGAGAGAAACCGUAUCACUGCACUGCAUGUGGGAAUAGUUUCACUCGAUUGUCUUCUCUACAGUGUCAUACAAAUUACAACCACAACUUGAUUGAAGAAAAUGAGGAGAAUGAAGAACUGAGUGAAGAGGAGAAACAUCAUGUCAAAACUGUAGGAGAACCUUUGAGUCCAUAUCAAACUGAAAAGAAAGUUUCAAAGGAAAGAAUAUCCCAGAAAUAUUUCACCUGCAAUCAGUGUGGAAAGAGUCUGACUUGCAAAUAUAAUCUUGCGGUUCACAUGAGAAUUCAUACAGGAGAGAAGCCAUUCACUUGUGAUCAAUGCGGGAAGAGUUUCACACAAUCAGCAAACCUCAAGGAACACAUGAGGAUCCACACUGGAGAGAAACUUCACACAUGUGAUCAGUGUGGAAAGAGUUUCACACACAAAGACACCCUUAAGCAACACAUGAACAUCCACACUAGAGAGAAACUGCAUGAAUGUGAUCAAUGUGGCAAAACAUUUUUGUGGGCUUCAAGCCUGAAGAUCCACCUGAAAGUUCAUUCACAUGAGAAACCACAUGUAUGUUAUUUGUGUGGAAAGUGUUUUUCACAUCUGUACAGUUUAAAAAAACAUCAGAAAAUACAUACUGGUGUAAGAGAACAUAUGUGCUUUGAGUGUGGGAAUACUUUCAUUACAGCUGGACAUUUGAAACAGCACCAGAGCAUUCACACUGGAGAGAAACCUUACAAGUGUUCACACUGUGACACGAGAUUCAGUCGGUCAGGACAUCUGAAAACACAUGAGAUGAUCCACACUGGAGAGAAAUCUUACAAGUGUUCACACUGCGAAAAGAGAUUCAAAUGGUCAGGAACCCUUAUAAAACAUGAGAGGAUCCACACAGGAGAGAAACCAUACAAGUGUUCACACUGCAACAAGAGAUUCAGUCAGUCAGGAUCCCUGAAAAGACACAAGAGGAUCCACUCUGGAGUGAAACCUUACAAGUGUUAACACCGCGAAAAGAGAUUUAAACAAUUGGCGCAUCUGAAAAACCACAAGAUGAUCCACACGGGAGAGAAAUCUUACACAUAGUGUUAUCAAAAGCUUUAUUCAAAAUUUUCUCUCUCUGAGGAUCAAAGGUCUCUCCAAGCUUUAUUGCUUUUAUUAUGUCGAUCACCCCCUGAAGGCAUACAAACACUAUGUAAAUUUUAAUUAUGUUAGCAGAGUGCUACUACAUACAGGAGGCACACCAUCACAAACAAAAGUCAACACUUCUGUCCUUUUAAAUGUCGCUGUUAAAAGCUCACAUUUGGCCAUUUAAUGAAGCUGAGUUCUGUAACCUGUCUUAGCUUAUAGAUAUGGGGUCUUACUUUUUUAUUUGUAGCUGUUGUUCGAAUAGUAGUUUUGUAAGUUUGUUUGCGAUCAACGGUAAGCAGUUCAAACUAAUAUCACAUAGUUCAUGUCUUUUCGAUGAUUGGUUGAUAUUUCAAGGGAGGCUAGCCUCCUUUGCCAUGUUUCUUUUUCUCCUAAUUGCUGAAAGUGAAAUACUCUAUAGCUAAAUCUCAAAUGGCACUUCUAUGCACUUCAAUGGCUGCCGUGUACUUGUGUCCGUUAA